UCCCUCCUCCUCCUCCCUCCUCGUCCUCUGCAGGCCUGCUCCUCUCCCCAUGCUGCAGAGAGGAGCUGCGUGACGUCACUGGAGGCUGGAGCGGUUCCUCGGUCGGAGAGAGAGAGAGGGAGAGAGGGAGGAAAAAAAUGGGGAGAGGACUGCGAGGGACUCGGGCAGAGGAGCCAUGAAUGAUGAGGUGUUGCCACGAUGUGUGGUCAUGUCUCCUCCACUGAACAUGGGAUCUCUCUUCCUACUGACUUACUGUAGCUGUCGUGUUGUCACCAUGAGAGGAUCUGUCAGAUUCUCGACUUCUGUGCCCUCAUACUGGCGCUACCGUUGCACUGUGUGAGCGCCCCCCUCUCCUCCGGCAGUUACUGCACGGAAUGGCCUCUCUGGACCUGCCAUACCGCUGUCCUCGCUGCGGGGAGCACAAGCGCUUCCGAAGCUUGUCGUCCUUACGUGCCCACCUGGAGUACAACCACACGUACGAGACCCUCUACGUCCUCUCCAAGUCCAACAGUGUGUGCGACGCCGCUGCUCUGCUGCCCCUAGUAGCUGAGGGAGCCCUCCUCACACCUGCCAAUAACAACGACCCCUUUGAGCCGCUGCGGCCCUCUGCUCUAAAGGAGCGGCGCUUCCCAUGCCGUGAACUUCCUUGUGCGGAUGACCUGAGUUUGACCCCUUCUAACUCCAACACCGCAGCUCGGUAUAUUCCCAAUGUGGAGUUUCCCCUGGGGGAGAUUUUCAUGAAGACAGCUAUGACAUCCACAGACUCUGGUUCCCAUGGAAACCCCAGCACAGCUGUAGCAGUGGCUGCUAAUGUAGCGGCUAGCGCAGUGGAGGCGGCCUAUGAGGAAGGGCUGGCCAGGCUGAAGGCACGAGCGUUUGAGCGGCUAGAACUGGAUGAGAGGCUGGAGAAGUUGUCUGAAGAGGUCAUAGAGACUUGGAAGUUGGUUCCAUCUCC